GUGGCGGCCCUUGAAGACAUGCUCCGAGAGCUGAAGAAGCAGUCCAGCAAGCCUGCCCCAGAACUGCUGAAUGAAUACUCCCGCAAAGUGGACUUCCUAAAGGGACUCUUAGAAGCUGAAAAAUUGACCUCAUCAACUGAAAAAGCUCUGGCAAAUCAGUUCUUGGCCCCUGGACGUACCCCUACGACAACCAAAGAGAGAACCCCAGCUACUAAAACAGUUCAUCUGCAGACAAAGGCUCGUUGCACAGGCAAAAUGAGGAGCGAGCUGCUUGGUACAGACCCCUUCGCUAUUGAUGAUUCUGAGGAGUUAAACAUAAGGAAGCGGAAAGGCCUUGCAUCUGAUGAGAAGCAGUCAGCAGUCGAGCUGGAUGCUGUGUUGCAGCACCAUCAGGAUAUGCAGGAGAAGUUAGCUGAAGAAAUGCUAAGUUUGGCUCGCAGUCUCAAAAACAACACUCUGGCUGCACAGAAUGUAAUAAAACAAGAUAACCAGACACUAUCGCAUUCUCUCAGGAUGGCAGACCAGAACUUUGAGAAGCUCAAGGAUGAAUCUGACCGCCUUGAACAGCAUGCAAAGAAAUCGGUCAACUGGCUAUUAUGGAUAAUGUUAAUUGUAGUUUGUUUCAUAUUCAUCAGCAUGAUUCUCUUUAUCAGAAUUUUCCCCAAACUAAAAUGAUUUUUUUUUUUUAAGCUGCCAGAGUGCAGCUGGAAAGCUCAGCUGGUAUGAUAACUGUCA